GGAAGCGCUAGAAGUUGGUUUUAGCGUCCGUCUACGUUGUUCACGUUACGUUUUAAAGUAAGUGAAUCGUCGUCGUCUCCGUUGUUGACGUCGUCGUCGUCGUCGUGGCAUUUUUUUUUUUGUGGGUGAGGAAGUUCCACCCCAUCAGGCGGUACUUUUUUUGUCCAUGCGUUUCCCAUUUGGCCCCCGCACGGUUGUUGUUGGUGGCGUAUAGAUCACCGUGAGCUCCUCCGAAUUCCGCCGCGUCGUGAAUUUAUUUGAAUUUGCUGGCCGCGACUGGCAUCGGAUCGGCCAGCAGCAGCAGUUAGUCAGUUAGUUGAAUUAAGAGCGUGCACGACUUAGAGUGGACUUCCUUUGUCUUGUUGCGUGUUUAACGAUUAAGUUGGCUGGCAGAGAGAAGAAGUUUAGUGAGUGAGGGUGCGGGUUGUCAACUUGGAGCGGCCCCUUUAGAGUGACUCGAGCCAGCUCAGCCCCGGCAAGGAUCUUCUCGUGAAACACAAGCUACGACUAGAUCGUGAGCGCACAGGUGCCUCAGAACAGUGCUGAACCUCAUCCGAGACAGUUCUCGGAAAAUUGUGCGCAGUGUGAGAGAUUGUUUUGCGGAAGUGUUGUGUGCCGGAAGUGGAUUAUUUUUCAAGAAAAUAAAAUUUGUGAAAACGGCAGUGCAAAUGCUGAGCUCGGUAGACACAAUGUCCAACAUAAGUGCAUUUUAUCGCGACAAGGUCGUAUUUGUGACGGGGGGCACGGGAUUCAUCGGGAAAAUUGUUAUGGAAAAAUUGCUACGAACAUGUGAAGUGAAAGAAGUCAUUCUGUUGGUACGCGAAAAGAAGAACACACUUCCUGAGCAACGUAUCAAAGAGCUGUGUUCGUCGCCUGUAUUUGAGCGGCUUUCGAAGAAGUCACCAAACUACAAGGACCGUAUCAAAGUCGUGGAAGGCAACCUGGAGAAGGAGGGACUGGACUUGUCACCCGAGAACACACAAUAUCUGUGCGACAACGUGAACGUCAUUCUACACAUUGCAGCCACCGUAAAGUUCGACGAAGAAAUCAUCAAGGCCAUCAACAUCAACCUGCGAGGAACUCGGGAAGCACUUGAAAUCGGCAGAAAAUCCAAGCAUCUAGAGAGUUUCGUCUACGUUUCGACGGCAUACUCAAACAGCUACACCGAGUACAUUGAGGAACGAGUUUAUCCGUUAGAAAUGAACCCGGAGAAGGUGCUGGCAAAUUUGGGAGACGAGAAAUUCAAAGACGAUCUUUACAAAUACUCGUUAAAAUGGCCAAACACAUACACAUUCACCAAAGCCCUGGCGGAAGCCCUUACACAAGAGUACAGACAGUAUUUCCCAGUAGCCGUUGUUCGACCUUCCUGCGUGAUGCCUGCACUAGAUGAACCGAUUCCCGGCUGGUGUGACAGCAUCUACGGAACCAACGGUACAUUCAUUGGAUGGUACUAUGGACUGAUUCGGACUAGUCUCAUCGAUCCAGAUGUUCAGAUCGAUACCGUUCCCGUAGACUAUGUUAGCAACACAAUCAUAUCGGUCGGAUGGAAAACAUUCACCGAAAGGGAAAAGGAAAAGGAACUUCUAGUGUAUAACUGCAUCAGCUCAGCUGACAACCCCUUAACAUUCGACGAACGGCGCCGAGACUGCGAAAAGGUCUUGAAGAAACACCCGCUGCUAACGGCCAUGUACCGACCGAUUACUGUGUGCACCAACAACGAAGCCAUGUUCUGGAUCUACUCGAUGGUCCUGCACUACUUGCCAGCCUUCCUGAUUGAUACGGCCCUUAGGUUGCGAGGUGAAAAGCCACGACUCGUCAGUGCGUACCAGAAGAUCGAUAAGGUUGUCGAAACGGUGAAGCGGUUUACCAGCACGACCUUCUUUUUCGACAAUCAAAACAUGCGAGAUCUGUACAUUCAGAUGAGUUCGUUGGACCACCGGAUGUUCCCGUGUGACAACCGCACUUACAGCUGGCGCCUAUACUUCGAGCGCGUCGUUCCCGGUCUAAAGAAAAACUUCUUCAAGGAAGACUUGAACAACGUUCAGCAGGCUCGGCAAGCCCUCCGGAAGAAGGAACUGACCGUAAACAGCGUGCUGGCUCUGCUUUUCGCUCUGCUCUGUUUCCAGCUCUACUAUUGGCUGUUUUGAGCUGUUCAGAUAGUAUCGAAUGUUUUGCUGUUCUGUUAGUUCUAGGCCAACAGGUUCGAUUGAGAACUUUAAUGAUUAAGUUUUUACAGCGAAAUGCGUCCCUAGUCGCGCACAGUGUUGCACGACUUGGAGAUCAGACCGAUUCAUUAGUGGCUUUUUGCUUCUAACGGAAAAGCCUGUUCAGCCUGAGAUGUGGUCUUGGUGAUCUACGAACUAAAGAAGGGACCAUGCGACUAUCAAUGCCGUUAUUACUUCACGGUUUCCUUCAAGGUUGCAGGAGAUGUUCAAUGUAUAUAGAUGAAAAAUGAUUAUAGAUUUCACUUUUAACUACUCACGUUGCAACCAUUCUUUGCAAGUUUAUACCAAAUAAUAAAACUGUUCGUUUCACACGAAAUAAAAACCUUUAUGUUCCAUCACCAGACAAUAGAUCACCAGAUACGCAUAGGUCGCUAAAUGCUGACGAUUGCUCAACGUAAUAUUGAAUGAAGGGAUUCACCAAAUGAUUUUGGAAGGGCCCCUGAAAGCGGGUCUCAAAGUGAACAUCGACAAAAGAAAAUCAGAAGAAACCAACAAAAGGCACGCAAGUUUACGAUAGAGUUAUUGUAGGUAUCAUAAGUUGUAAUUUGUACAGCCACUUUGUUAGGAGAAAAGGCAUUGCAGUUAGUCAAACCAGUCGAUCGAUUUCAGUGGAAAGUUUGCUUAUCGACACUGCGCUUAGUUUUUUUUUAUUCUUUGACUACAAGUUUUGUUUUAGUAACGAUUAGAUUUAUAUUUAUUGGCAAUGCUUAUUUUUAAUCGAAUCUCUAUGAAACCCCACAGAAACGUGGAAAAAGUCGAGACUAAACUCAGUUCUCAGAGAUGCUCAAUUUCAUUACUUCCUCCAACAAUGCGAAGACAAUUUGUCUAAGGGUAUCAUAUAACGCUACGUUAGGUUACAGAAAAAGUGCAAAUUGUGAGGAACAUAAAAUGCAAGAUUCUUUUUUUAACUUCCGGGAUUUAAUGCUAGCCACAGGUACAUUUUAUGCGUAGUUAGGAUUUAAACCAAACCUGUAUUCAUGAGACAAUAAAAACGAUCAAUAGA